AUGCUGGACUUGGCGGGCUUGGCUGCAUUUGUCAUUCAUGACAAAUUGGGGCAUGUCAAGAGGACCGACCGAAGACGUGUAUUCCUCAUGGAAUUGGCAGAACAGCUGGUGGUUCCUUACAUGGAACAAAGAGCAACGAAUCCCAUUGUACGAGGUAUUCAACAUGUCAAAGUGGCAAUGGCGUUAUUCGGUGUAGAGGUAGCUGUAGGCCCACCGAUAGAUGAUCAACCAGUCCAUCCCGUUUCCUCUGCAACUCGACCAUCGUGCUCACUCUGCUAUAAAUUGGAUAAAAAGCAGCGAAAAACUAGAUUUCAUUGCAUGUAUUGCAAAAAACCAGUGUGUCAACAGCGUUCACAUGCCAAGUACGCGUGCGUUGAAUGUCGUGCCUAA